ACUCGAAUCAAGGACCGAACAGCAUCAUGGACAGCACUUAGCGCUCAGAGGAUAGCCCACCACGGUCACAACCAUGGCUCGUUCCUCCAAUUUGCCUUGGCCCGGAGACUAUGGAUGUCGCUGAUCGGGCGUUGUGUGUGUAAAAGUUGGAUUUCAAAAAGUGGUGAUGUCAUGGUAUCCACCACUCACCACCAUCGAGACUAGCAUGGCGAUAUCAACAUCGAAACCGAUAUAAAGACAGCAGUUGUGGUCUGGGAGGCAUGAUUGUUGUCUCGCUCUCCAUCUCAUCCUACACCAGAUUCUACCAUUAUCACAGUCAUGUCUUCAGUAAGUAUGUCCUUCCUUCCCCUCCAGAAUCCGCCCAUACUUACCUCUACAUAUCACAGGACGACGCACCAGUUUACACACUCGCCGAGGGACGCCCCGUCCAGGACCCUUCGGCUGCCACUGUCCUCAGGGGUUCCAAGCCUCGUGGGGGAGCCCUCUCUCUACUCCAAGACACCCAGUUGAUCGAAACCCUCGCACACUUCCCCCGAGAACGCAUACCCGAACGUGUCGUCCACGCCAAGGCAGCCGGUGCCUGGGGAGAGUUUGAGUGCACGGAAGAUGUCUCCGACUUUACGUCUGUUGACUUCCUCAACAAGGUCGGAAAGAAGACCAAGGUCCUGGCCCGUAUCUCCACGGUAGCAGGCGAGAAGGGCUCUGCGGAUACGAUUCGUGAUAUCCGCGGUUUCGCUCUCAAGUUCUUCACCGAGGAGGGCAACUGGGACUUUGUCGGAAAUGACCUGCCCGUCUUCUUCAUCCGCGACCCCGUCAAGUUUCCCAGUCUCAACCGCUCCCACAAGCGUCACCCCCAGACCAACGUGCCCGACUCGACCAUGUUCUGGGAUUUCCACAACAACAACCAAGAAGGCGUCCACUGCUUGAUGCAGCUCUUUGGCGGCCGUGGCAUCCCCGCCUCUCUCCGCAAUGUCAACGGCUUCGGCAACCACACCUACAAGUUCGGCAAGCCCGAGGACGGCACGUUCAAGUACGUCAAGAUUCACCUCAAGCCCGACGCCGGCAUCAAGAACCUCGAGUCCGACGAAGCCGUCCGCCUGGCCGGCGAAGAACCCGAUUACCACAUCAAAGACAUGUACAACGCCAUCGAGCGCGGCGACUACCCCACUUGGACCAUGUACUUCCAGAUCAUGGAUCCUAAGGACGCCGAAACCUACCGGUACAACAUCUUUGAUAUUACGCAGACCUGGUCGCAUCGGGAUUAUCCUCUCCGUCCCAUCGGCAAACUCACGCUUAACAAGAACCCGGAAAACCACUUCCAGGAUAUCGAGCAAGCUGCGUUCUCCCCCUCCACCAUGGUUCCUGGCAUUGGCCCUAGCGCGGACCCCAUGCUCCAGGCUAGGAUGUUCUCCUACCCUGAUGCCGCCCGCUACCGUGUCGGUCCCAACUACCAACAACUCCCCUGCAACCGCGCCUUGCACGUGUACUCCCCGGACCAGCGUGAUGGCCCAAUGCGGGUAGACGGCAACUACGGCGGCGACCCGAAUUACGUCCGGUCUUCUUUCCGCCCCAUGCGUCUCGGUCCUCCUGACGUCGCUCACGACGAGUGGACCGGUAAGGUCGCCUUGUUCUCCUCAGAAGUCACCGAUCUCGAUUUCGAGCAGCCGAGGGAUCUAUGGAAGAUCUUCAAGGAGACCGGAGAAGACAAGCGGUUUGCCAAGAAUGUGGCGGCGCACGUUGGCAAGGCGUUGCCGGAAGUGCAGAAAAAGACAAUCGAGAUGUUCAGUAGGGUUGAUAAGGAGGUGGGAGAGGCUAUCGAAAAAGAGUUGGAUGAGCUUGAGAAGAACGGCGGUGCGGGCAUUGAGCAUGACAAGGCGCCGGUGAAGGGGAAGGGAAUGAGGUGUAAGGAGGGUUCGAAAGAUAGCAAGGAGUGAGUGGUGAUGAUGAGUGUACGACCUGCGAAUAAUGUUUGAUGAAAUAAUGCAGCGCAUUCUUUUUUGCUUCAGCUG